AUGGUGCUCCUUAGAUGCGGCAGCAAAGGCCUUGACGACCCCAGGCGCUGUGGACACGCCCUCAACUCCCCAAAGCUGAAUGAAGCUUCUCACCGCCCCUCCCUGCGGUGGAGCCCCCAGGCCGCCCCAGCCAUCCUGGCAGUAUUUUUGCAGAGCUCCGCGGGCGCGUCUAACCGGCAGCGGACUGAGGCCGCCGGCGAGGGAAGAAAGUGCGGACGCCCAGGGCUGAGACCUCCCCGCGGGCCCUGCCGCCGGCUCCGCCUCUCCCGGAUCCCUCCUACCGAGCGCAGCAGGACCUCCGCAGAACAAAGCGUCGAUCAGGCCACGUUGCGGAGGCUGCACAGCGGGAACGUGCGACCCGGAACCGGAAGGCCGUUGGAUGCGGAACCGGAAGGCCGUCGGAUCCGGAACCAGAAGGCCGUCGGGCUGUCACCACCUUCCCAGUGCAGUGGGCUUAGCGCAGCUCAGGCUGUGGUUCCACCGGUGAUAUGGGUCCGUGGUUCCGGGGUUCGGGCCGUCGGUGUGUGGAUCGCCUUCGGCUCUCCCGCCGUGCGCCCCGCGGGACCCUGGCCCGACGCUAAGCGGGUAGCGACGGCCCGGGAGCCAAUGAACAGUGCGCGGGGGCGCUCGGGCCAGGGUCGCGGGUCACCGCCGCUCCUUUCCCGGAGCCGGGUGUGGACCCGGGGCUCCACGGGGACGUCGGGGCUCAGGGCACCCGAGGGCGCGCGACCGCCCUCUCCGCCUUCCCAAGGCCCAGGCGCUCAGCGGGGCUGCCCCGGGACCAGGAUGCGUUGGCUGCUCGGCCACACUCCCGGGGGGCGCGAAUCCCCGUGGCCCCCUCCCGGGGUGGGACCCGGACGGAGGCGUCCGGCAGCCCGCGACCGCAUCCCCGACGCCGGAGGAGGCCCCAGGGACUUCCGUGAGAGCCGCGGGGCCCGGGACGCGGGGAUAUGCGGGGACAGGCCGCGGUCAAGCCCAGGGCUCUGCGGGCAGCGCUGGCCCCGCUCCCCAUCCCGCGGGAUGGGACGGGCAGAGCCGCUGGAGCAGAGGCCGCGCACGGAAAAGGCGCUGAGUCCAGGGCCGUCUUGCCCCUACCUGUGGGGCGGGUGGCCGCUGUGGGGCAGCGUGGGAGGAGGUGGGUGCACCCGCAGAGGUCGCGGGGACGGGGGCGCGUGUCCCCAGCACCGUGGCCUGCCAGGCAGCGGGAAGGCAGUGAACUCCUGCAGUGCACGCCCUGGCUCCCGGGGGACAGGGGGACCAGCCCACGGGCGCAGCACCUCGCAACCAGCCCGUGGGUCCCGACACCUCCCGACAACACCCCCCCCCCCACCUCCCUGGCCCCCGGUCCCCGUGUCUCCCGGAAAGAUGGUGAAUUGA